AAGCAAGGCAGAAAGAAACUGACCUAAAAGGCAAAUAGAGAUCAUCUAACAAAACAGGGAGACAUGAACUUGCAGAGAGAUUCGCUGGAUGAUUCACACCUAUGCUGAGUCAAAAGAGCUCCAGUGAUCUGCACAGGCAGAUUUCUGAUCGUGAGGUAAAGCAGUUGCCCUCUAAGGCCAGAUGCAUCCCAGACUUUAGAUGAGGCACAAGUCAUCCAUUGUUCUGCUGAGCACACUGAGCACAUUUAAAGGAAAAGAGACGUGGAAGAGAAAAGAAAAGAAGAGAGAAAGAGGGUGGCUUGCCUAAUGGCAGAGAGCUGGAUGUCCCGGUGAGGUCAGGUCGGACGGGAGGUCAUGGGUUCAUUUACGCUGGGGAAAGCUGCUUCUCUGGAGCUACUGCUGGAAGCCUGCAUUCAUGCAUUUGAUGAUGAAGGAGAAAUGCAUGAAAAUCAGCUUCCCCGAACCCUUCUUCUGAUGCAUCGCUGGUAUGUGUCCUCCACCGAGCUCGCUGGGAAACUUCUGAUUAUAUAUCCUGUGGCAGUCAACAUGUUUAAUGCUCCUUGACUGUCUAUCACGUAUCGUGACAGUGAGGGAGAUGACUGCCAGCGGACACGACUGAAGAUCUGCUAUUUAAUGAGGUACUGGAUAGCUGAAUUCCCUGCAGAGUUUGAUCUGGAUCUAGGUUUGAUCCGUCUUACAGAAGAAUUUCGAGAUGCAGCCGCUCAGCUGGGUGGUGAUGAGCACAUUAAACUACUUGACAUUUCUACAAUCCCCUCGUAUGACUGGAUGCGUAAACUGACUCAGCGAAAGAAGCAGGUGAAGAAGGGUAAAGCGUCUCUGCUGUUUGAUCAUCUGGAACCCAUUGAGUUGGCCGAACACCUCACCUUCUUAGAGUACAAGUCCAUCAGGAGGAUAUCGUUCACAGAUUACCAGAGUUACGUGAUUCAUGGCUGUCUAGUAGAUAACCCCACAUUAGAGCGCUCCAUCGCUCUGUUUAACGGGAUCUCCCAGUGGGUUCAGCUGAUGGUUCUCAGUAAACUUACCCCUCAGCACAGAGCAGAGGUCAUCAACAAAUACAUCCAUGUUGCACAGAAACUGCUCCACCUGCAGAACUUUAACACGUUGAUGGCUGUGGUUGGGGGUCUGAGUCACAGCUCUAUUUCCCGGCUGAAGGAAACUCAUUCUCACCUCAGUCCAGAGGUCACCAAGAUCUGGAAUGAAAUGACAGAGCUGGUUUCGUCAAAAGGCAAUUACUGUGCUUACCGCAAAGCCUUCAGUGACAGCGAAGGGUUUAAGAUCCCAAUCCUAGGUGUUCACCUGAAGGACCUGAUCGCCGUGCACGUGGUCUUCCCAGACUGGGUGGAGGAUGGGAAAGUGAACAUUGUUAAGAUGCAGCAGCUGUAUCUCACCUUUAAUGAGCUGGUGUCCCUGCAGAGCGCUGUGGCUCAGGUGGAGCCCAACAUGGACCUGAUCUACCUGCUCACUCUGUCCUUGGAUCUGUACUACACAGAGGAUGAAAUUUAUGAGCUGUCCCUUCUUAGAGAACCACGUAACCCCAAAUCUCAGCCCACCUCACCCACAACGCCCAACAAACCUAUGGCUCCGCUGGACUGGGCCUCUGGGGUCACCACCAAACCAGAUCCCUCGGUGGUCAACAAACACAUCAGGAAAGUGGUGGAUUCUGUCUUUCGUAACUAUGACCAUGACCAUGACGGAUACAUAUCUCAGGAAGACUUUGAGAGUAUUGCUGCAAAUUUCCCAUUCCUCGAUUCCUUCUGUGUGCUUGAUAAAGACCAGGAUGGAUUGAUCAGUAAGGAUGAGAUGAUGGCAUAUUUCCUGCGUGCCAACCCGCUGCUGCAGUGUAAGAUGGGGCCUGGUUUUAUUCACAACUUCCAGGAGAUGACUUACCUGAAGCCAACAUUCUGUGAACACUGCGCUGGAUUUCUCUGGGGAAUUAUUAAACAAGGAUACAAGUGCAAAGACUGUGGUGUGAACUGCCAUAAACAGUGUCGUGAGCUGCUGGUUUUGGCGUGUCGGCGUCUCCCUCGGUCCACGUCACUGGGCAAUGUGUCUCCUGGAGCACUCACACACAGCUCUUUACCCAGCAGCCCCAGCCUGCCCACAUGUAAAGAUGAUGAUGAGGUGUUUACGUUUCCUGCCGUGUCGUCGUCAUCAGGCUCUGAUCUGGAGGGAAAGUCCAUCACCCUGAUGACUGGUUCAGCCCAGCGCAUCUCAGUGCGGCUCCAGAGAGCCACCACCAGUCAGGCCACGCAGACAGAACCCCUGUGGCCCGAAAACGGCUGGGUGGCCGUCGCAGACAGCGGGUCACAUACCUUCCCCAAAAUGAGAUACAGGCCUCACCGCAAAGCGUCCAAGAGCAAAGGCUUUGCUCGCUGGGAGAACGACACCCAGAGUUCAGCAGCGACGAGGAGCAGCAGGAACUCACAGGAGCACAGCGAAGAGUCACAGCAGAACGGACUCGCAGAACAACAUAUGAAUAAAACCAGGACCUCUGAGAUCAGCUGACUUGACUGCUCUGUGGGCCCAUGCAGGACACCCUGGAGCCUGUCAGGACCACGGCCCAGAGGGCUGUCCGCUCUAGGGGGCAUGCUGGGGUGCCUCAUGCCUUCAGUGGAUCAGGAAUAGGGCCACUAUUUCCACAGCCACAGUAAAAGAGGGGUGGCAAGCCACCCGCUGACUGAACUGGGGGAAGGCCUGCAUCAAAGGAAAGGUCUCGGACUAAACAGGGAGUGACUGCGCUGUGCUGUCCUGGUUGAAAAUCAAACUGAGAAUCACUGGAAGCUGAUGUGACGGAUACAUAUAAUAGAUGAGUGAGCAAGAGUAUUUAAGGUAUGCUGUUGAUGUAUAUAUGACGCACGCUCUGAUUUUCAUUCUCCAAAAACACUACUCUGAAAGGACACAGUGGAUGUGAAGGUUAUAUUCAGGUUGUCUGAAGUCGAAAGUGGAACUGGGAAAAUAUGUAUGAUCGAACAUUGAAACACUAACUUCAUUAAUGUGUUACCCAUCAACACAUUAUUAUCUGAAAUGGAAGGUACGUAGAUUUUUAAAACCCUUUACCCCGAAUAUAAUUAUUAAAACCACUUACACUGUUUUACAGAUUGUUUCUCCAAUGGUUUGAACCAUAGUUGUUUCUCCUGUGCUUGCAGACAGGUGACCUCUGACCUUAUGCAUCAUUACAUCAGCACUGCUUAGCAACAUUGAUAGCUAUGUAAGGUUAAAAAGAUACAUUAAUUAAUUCUGCCGACACAGGUGUGCUGUCAGCCAGGUGUUUAUAUGACCUCUGUUGCUAAGCGCCAGAUGAGUGCAUCUAUAGUCCGUUGUGCAAAGUUCCUUCAGCACCAUUUGUUCUGAAAUAAGUUUGACACCUGACAGCCUCAGAUGGGACAACCCUCAUAAGACAAUUUUUGCUGACAGUGUGUGUGAGAGAGACCACGCAGGUGGAUCAACAGAUGAACUGAGACAAACAGUAAUUAUAGUGAGUCUUUGAGCCUAUAGGAUUAGAUGCUCUUCUGGAACAGCAUUUGCAGAUUUAAAGAAACAGUUCCCCCCAAAAAAUGAACAUUCUGUCAUUAUUUACUCACCCUCAUGGCUUUGUAACUAAAAUGAGUUUAUUUCUUAUAUUUAUUGUGGAAAACAAAAGGAGUUUUAUCUGAUAGGCUGCCCUAUUUUGAUACAAAGAAAGUUAAUGGUGACCAUGUCUGUC